UUAGCUUUGUGAGUUCAUUUAAUCCCAAAUGAAAGAGCUAUCAGCUAUGGGUGUGCCAUAAAAGUCACAAGUCUGAGUUUAUAGUGAUCCAUUUUGCAGUUCCGGUGGCGGAGCCUUCCUUACCUUUCCCCCCUCUUUUUAUUACUCCUCUCCGCCCUCCAGGAAUUAAGGUAGGUUAAGGAAUUAGAGAUGGGGUUGUUGUCUUUAUUGGAGGUGGCAUCCAUGCCCAAUAUACAACUCCUCCUUAUUUCUUUAUUGGGAGCUUUCUUAGCCACUGAUUAUUGCAACAUUCUUCCUCCCCAUGCUACAAAGUCUCUUAAUAAGAUUGUGUUUGCUGUUUUCACCCCUUGUCUCAUGUUUGCAAAUUUGUCCAAAACGGUCACCUUUCAGGACAUUAUUUCAUUGUGGUUCAUGCCUGUGAAUAUUGGAUUUACGUUCUUAUUUGGAGGAAUGUUGGGAUGGACAAUUGUGAAAAUUUUGAAACCAAAGCCAUAUCUUGAAGGCCUUAUCGUUGCUUCAUCUGCUACUGGGAACUUGGGAAACCUUCUUCUGAUAAUCAUCCCAGCCAUUUGUGGGGAUGAGGGGAAUCCUUUUGGGGAUCGUGAAACCUGUACUUCUCGUGGAUUGUCUUAUGCAUCGUUUUCCAUGGCGUUAGGGGGAUUUUACAUAUGGACAUACAGUUACCAUGUAGUGAAAACAUCCUCAUUACGCUUCAAACAACUUGAAGUUCCACAUGAUGAUUCCCAGUUGCACACUCAUCUUCUGCCUCAGAAACCUGAUCAAGGACAACCACAAGAUUCUUAUCUUCCCUCUACCAACAACAACACACUCAAAUCAGAUCAGAUUGAAUCUCAAUUAUUAUUAGAAGAUGGUGGAAGCGUGGUACCCAUUUCAGAGAAACAAUAUUCAGAUGAUGUGAUAUCAUCAAAAGGAUCAAGAUUAUUAAUAUUAUGGGGUAAAUUACAACAUUUGCUUCGCUCUAUUGUCAAGGAGUUGAUGGAGCCACCCACUUUAGGAGCUAUUGUUGGAUUCAUUUUUGGAGCGGUGACAUGGCUGAGACAUUUGGUGAUUGGGGAGAGUGCUCCAUUGCGAGUAGUCCAGGACGCUGUCAAACUACUGGGCGAUGGAACGAUCCCAAGCACAACGUUGAUCCUGGGCGCCAACCUAAGACAAGGGAUACAAUCGUCACAAACAUCAGUGCAACCAGUGAUCAUCCUAGCCUUAAUCCUCUCUCGAUAUGUUGUUCUCCCUGCAAUCGGAAUAGCCAUUGUGAAAGCAGCAAUGUGGUUGGGGUUUCUGCCACCGGACCCAAUGUACCAUUUCUUGUUGAUGGUUCAAUACACGCUCCCACCAGCCAUGUCCAUCGGCAUUAUGACUGAGCUCUUUGGCGUUGGUCAACAAGAAUGCUCUGUUAUUAUGUUUUGGACAUAUUCAGCUGCUCUCCUUGCGCUCGCGCUUUGGUAUACACUCUUCAUGUGGAUUUUAUCUACUUAAUUCUUAUUUUGAUUCCAGAUACAAAUUAUAAGUCGUCCAACAAAAUAGAAGGGCAUUAUAUUGUGUGUGUGUGUGUGUAUAUGUUAGAGGGCAUGCAAGGCCUACCUAUUAAUUAAUUUGGAGUAUGUAAUUUGUAGAAAGUAUCUUCUUUUCAGUUUAUUUUUACCUUUCCCACAACUUUUUCUAUAUACCUAAAAGUAUUUGAUAUAUACUCUAUAUCUUCCUUCUCACA